AUGGCUCCUCCUGCUCAGAAUGGGCCCGAUGGCUCAUCACUAAAACCUGUCUCCUCCCUGAGGGCGCAAUUCGAGAACAUGAACAAGAACGGCGAAUCCGCCGCCGCGCCUGGCCCCUCCCCGCCCCGAACCAUCUCGCCGGCUCCGAAGCCAGAAUUCCUUCGAGAUGCGAAAGCCUCAUCCGAAAGCCUGCCGGUUCCCCCAAGACCGCGAGAGCGUGCGAGCAUCUCGGCUCCGUCACUUCCUCCCCCGCUGCAUGAGCCUGUUCCUCGCUCGCCCGGCCGCCCCCCGGGUAUUCCUCCCACUCUGAAGCCCGAGCCGGUGAAGGCUCCCUCCGUCAUGGUUGAGCCUCCCCAGUCACCUCCCAAGAAUUCCGUCUCGAGGUUCGCGCACGCCGAGGCGCCGACGUUUCUGAAUGCGGACUCCGGCUCCUCUACACCUACCACUCCCACAACGUCGCGGACUUUCAAGAUCCCAAGCCGUCCACACACCCCCUCGCUCGAGCCACGGCGUUCACCCAGACUCUCAGCCUCCCAGCCGCCUUCACCACCGCCGCCGAGAAGGUCGGGGGAGAUUCGGAGAGACAACAAACCCGCCGUGCCGCCGCCGAUCAAUCGGGCUGAGAAACCAUCUAUGCAGGCGCAGGCGAAACCUCCCUUCUAUACUGACCAGCAGCUUGCUGCCGAUGGCAGAGGUAAGCUCCGAGUGGAGACUUCGCCAUUUAGCAGCCCACCCGGAAGUCCCGACAGUCUACAUGAGCCGACGCCUCCCACGCUGCCCACCAGGCCGAAAGCACAUGUUACGCAGACGGAGCCGCCACCGCCUCAGCGCGGAAGACCGUUAGAUGUAGGAUUCGCACCGCCGCCCGUUCACCACUCGAUCGCUACGAAGCGGAACCAGCGGGAACAGGAAGCGAACGGGUUUGUCAAGGGGCAGAUUACACCCCAGAUCACCGGCGACCGGCCGACCGUGCCCGCACUUCCCGCGAGGCCGCAGACGAUUGCAGAGCCUCCGCCGCGGCCGCCAGUGACCAUGAAGCCGCCCCCGCGACCUCCAAGACCGGGCGUCAGUACGCAUGCCGUCACACACUCGAUUUCUGAGCUUCAGCCUCCACCAAAACGUAUUGUUUCAACCCCUACAACACAUCCGCCGCCUCCGACGAGGUUGCCGGGGCGCGCGAACACGGUGACUGACCGGACGUCGGAGAGAGCUGCUCCUCGGCCCCCGCCUCCGCAACCGCCUCAACCUGUGCAACCCGCGCAUCCUCAGCCCGAGCCAACAAUGUCAUUAAUCCCCUCUAGCAAUAGUUCCAAAGUCGAGAUCAACGGCUCCACGCCAAACUUUCCGGACCCAGCAAACGUCAACCGAAGACCGCCAUACAUCAAGCACGGCAUGCACGAAAUUCAAACCAAGUAUGACCCGCGCACCUUUGACGUUUGUGGCGAUCUCAUCUGCACGACCGGUCACCUCACGCGUGUGUGGAGUCUCCGGGAUGGCGAGCUUUUGAUGAGCUUUGCCCAUGGCGAAGGCAUUAAGGCUACCACGGUGGCCUUCAAACCCGGCAUGAACGUGGACGAAGAAGGGAAGCGACUGUGGAUCGGUAACAACUUUGGCGAGCUCAUGGAGGCCGACAUCGCCACGCAAAGCGUGAUUGCGAACAAGCCAGGGGCUCAUGGACGACAUGAGGUUGUCAAGAUCUACCGCCACUUCAAUGAGCUGUGGACGUUGGAUGAAACGGGCGGCCUGCUCGUCUGGGGUCCUGAUGAGACAAGCACGCCGAACCUAACGAAUAACCCGCACCAGGCUUUCCGGCUGCCCAAAGGCCAUUCGUUUUCGAUGGUUAUUGGAGACGAGCUGUGGCACGCGACCGGCAAGGAGAUUCGAGUAUUCGCCCCGACGUCGGACGGUCAAACUCAAUUUCAAGUCCUGGUCCGCGCUCUUUCUCAGGAAACUGCAGGCGAGGUGACUUCGGGGACCCAGGUGCGGUCGCAGCCGGGUAAGGUGUUCUUCGGCCAUGCCGAUGGCAAGGUGUCUAUUUACAGUACACAGGACUUCACAUGUCUCGGUCUUGUGAAUUUGAGUUCCUGGAAGAUCAAUUCUCUGGCAGGGGUUGGUGACUAUUUGUGGGCAGGCUUCAACACCGGCAAGGUCGGCGUCUAUGACAUGGAGCCAACGCCCUGGGCUGUCAAGAAAGACUGGCAAGCUCACGAGAAGAACCCGGUUGUCAAGCUCGUCUCGGAUGUGUCGAGCUGCUACCGGCUAGAUCGCCACCAGGUCAUCUCGCUUGGUGCCGACAACAUGAUCCGUGUCUGGGACGGCCUGCUACAGGACGACUGGCACGAGACGGAGAUGAAGGCAAUGGACACGCAGUACUGCGAGUUCCAGGACCUCAAGGUCUUAUGUAUGACUUGGAACGCGGGUGCCUCGACGCCUCACAGUCUGCGAUAUGCGCAGGAGGAUGCCGAGUUCAUCAAGAGUCUGCUCACGGCCAACAGCUCCCCAGACAUUCUCGUGUUUGGAUUCCAAGAGCUGGUAGACCUGGAAGACAAAACAGCAACAGCUAAACGCUUUCUAAAAGUCAAGAAGAAGGAGGGUUCCGAUCAGGAGCGCAUGAGUCACCAGUACCGCGACUGGAGAGACUUUCUGCUGAAGAGCCUCGACGACUAUAUGCCGCCGGACUGUCUGUACCAUCUACUGCACACGGCCACGCUUGUUGGGUUGUUCACGUGCAUCUUUGUUAAGUCGACACUUAGAGAUCGUAUCCAGAAUCUCAGCGCGGCAGAAGUCAAGCGUGGUAUGGGCGGCCUGCAUGGUAACAAGGGCGCCAUCGUUGUGCGGUUCAUGGUGGAUGACUCGUCCCUCUGCUUCAUCAACUGCCAUUUAGCAGCAGGUCAGUCGCAAGCCAACAGUCGCCACAAUGAUGUGGCUGCUAUUCUUGAGGCACAAAUUCUGCCACCCGAACGGGACCCCAACGCUCGCCUGGAUAGCUUUGUCGGCGGCGGAGACGGCACCAUGAUCUUGGACCACGAGCUAUGUCUGCUCAACGGUGAUCUCAAUUACCGCAUUGACACGAUGUCUCGCGAUACGGUUGUCAUCGCCGUCAAGCAGAACAACCUGGCCAAGCUUCUUGAGCGGGACCAGCUGCUCGUGGCAAAGCGGCGGAACCCAGCCUUCAAAUUGCGGGCAUUCGACGAGAUGCCUAUCACUUUCGCGCCGACCUACAAGUACGAUGUUGGCACGGAUAACUACGAUACGAGCGAGAAGAAGCGCUCGCCGGCGUGGUGCGACCGCCUGUUGUAUCGCGGAGGUGGCAGGAUUAAGCAGAUCGACUACAAGCGCCACGAGGUACGGGUAUCUGACCAUCGGCCUGUCACUGGCCGGUUCAAGUUCACGGUCAAGAAGGUCCAGCCGAAAGCGCGGGCGAUGGCGUGGAUGGACUGCCAGCAGAGGUUUGAGGACCUCAAACUGCGUGAGAUCAACGAUGACAGGAUGUUGUAUCUGACAAACGUCAUCGGCUACGACGAAGCCACAGCUCGGAGUAUUCUUCAGCCUGGAAACGACCGCAGUGCGAGCAGGUCGAGAGACGCAUGA